UAAACUCUUGCAAAUCAUGAAGAUGCAUCAAGUGCAGCUUUGAGUAAGCAGAGCAUUAACAAAGCAUCAACAUGCAGGCGAUUUUCUUUGGAAUUCUCGCAAUAAUUGCUCUUGUAAGCACUGAGGCAAGGGAAAUUCCUUCGAGGGUAGUCGGCGGUGAAGAUGCUGCUGAAGGGGCUCAUCCUUGGCAAGUUUCACUGAGGAGAUAUAAUUCUCAUUUAUGUGGAGGAGUCAUUGUUAAUGAACGCUGGAUCUUGACUGCUGCUCAUUGCAUUGUUUAUCAAAGCGCAUCUUCCAUCACUGUAGUCACAGGAACGAACCGUCUUUCAGAAGGUGGAGACCGUUACCAAGCAAAGACUUUGGUCCCGCACAAAAAAUACAAUCCAUCGGUCUUUAGCAAUGACAUAGGGAUGAUCAUGCUUGAUGAAGACAUAACUUUCAAUGAUAAAGUCCAGCCGAUUGCUCUGCCCUCUGCCGAUGACCGGUACGAGGAAUAUCCAGCUAAGCUUUCAGGAUGGGGAACGACCAAACUUGGUGGACCGCUACCGGACAAGCUUCAAGAAAUUGAGUUGAUGGUCAUUACCGAGACUAAAUGCCAGAGUUAUCAUUCUAUAGUCAGUGCUGGACACAUUUGCACUUUAACCCAGGCGGGAGAAGGUGCUUGCCAUGGAGAUUCUGGUGGACCUUUGACUGCUGAUAGGACUCUGAUUGGUCUGGUAUCAUUUGGACGUCCUUGUGCGGUUGGAUACCCAGAUGUCUACACCAGAGUUUUCUUCUAUUUGGACUGGAUAUCCGAGACCAUGCAAGCGAAAUACUAACGCAUUUCAUUUUUCUACUUUGUAUUUUCAUA